AUGCCAGACGACCUGGACAACCUUAAACGGAAACGAGCGGGGACCCGAGCAGCGGUCACCCGCACCACCGCCCAUCUUCGCGGGCUGCUGGCCUCUGCAACCCUCUCAGCAGAAGAUGUUGAAGUGGACCUGGAAUACCUCAUCGCUCGCAGAGCUACAUUUCAGGAAUACGACCAGCAAAUCCUGGCAGCAACAAGCGACGACGGGUACGAUGAGGAGUUGAACUCAGUUCUGGAGCGCGAGCAGGAGCUCGAUGCCGCCAUUACCAGAGCCCGGCGAGCGCUUAGGCUCGCCUCGCAAGCGGCUGGUACAGCAGGAACGACCGGCGGUUCCUAUGCUACGAUCCACAGCUGCAGUUCCCUGGCUGCCAUCGAGAAAUUCAAAUAUCUUCUGUCGUAUGUCACGGACGAUGACAACUACGAGAGUGCCAUCGCUGUCCUCAAGCGACGAUUUGGUCGCCCGGAUCUUUUAGCCGCGGAGCAUAUUGAUAAAUUGCUAUCACUCCGCCCAGUACACAGUGCCACAGAGGUGGGUUCCCUGCGGAACUUGUACGACGACGUAUCCCGGCACAUGCGAGCCCUGGAAGCCCUGUCGAUCCCUCGAAGCAGCUACGGCGUCAUCCUCUACAGGGUUGUCACGCGGUGUUUACCCGCCGAGCUGUUUGUUCAGUUUCGGCAGAAAGGAAGGGAAGCCGAAGUUGCGAACAGAGACCCCGUAUGCGGAGACCCCCCAACGAGGACGUCGACGAUGACCCAAGAAGGAAGGGAGACCGAGGCUGCGAGCAGUGGGGACUCCCCUACUAGAGCAUCAACAAUGAGCCAAGACGUGGACGCCCUUCUUCAGUUCUUGGCCAUCCAGAUUGAAGCCAGGGAGGAGGCCGCGCUCCAUCGACACCGACCCGUUCACAAGGAUCCAGAAAAUGGCGACAGUGUGCCCCUUCCGUCAGCCGCGGCUCUUCCGACUGCCACAGCUCCAGAGAAGCCUGUGCGUGACGCACAAACGAGUAGUCCCCCCGCACCGUGCGUCCUGUGCCGUGAUACCGGGCACUCAGUUGCAGCGUGUCCAGCUCCGACAGCUCCAGAAGACAAACGUCGACGUCUCCUAGCGGCCCGCCGUUGCUUUCGCUGUGCCAAGCGCUACCAUCACGCUCGCCAAUAUCGGUCGUCCGCAAGCUUGACCUGUGGAAAGUGCAAUGGGCAGCAUCUUACGUCGCUUUGCGACAUUCAGCCCAGCCCACGUAGUAACGUCAGCGCCGUCGGAAUCGCGGAAGCGAUUUCGCAAGAUGUUCAGUCGAUGGCUACGUCUGCGCAGGGCAUCGUGACGUACCUGCAGACCGCUGUGGCAGAAGCCUCUGGACCGGCAGGAACACUCUGGGUCAGAGUACUAUUAGACAACGGCAGCCAACGAACCUUUGUAACAGAGGACCUGACACGAAGGGUUAGGGUGCGAAGUGCAGGGUUCCGAAGAUCUGGCGAUCUUUUCCUUCGGCUCGACACGACGUUCUGCACGUCAUACGUGCGCAAAGGUCAGCCUCUCUCUCAGCGGACUACACGAGUCCCAGGACUUGGACGCUCUCACGGUCCCAGAGAUCUGCAGGUCCCUCAGCCCUGCAGUAGCGGCACUGUUGCAGCACUCUUGCAAGAUCAUGGCCUAGAACCCGCGCCGACUUCUUGUCCCUCUGACAACGUCGACAACGUCGACAUUCUGGUAGGCGCUGACUAUUACUGGCGAUUUGUAUCCGGCAAAAUUGUUCGACUAAGCGACGACCUGACUGCGGUCGACACACUCUUCGGAUGGACAGUCCAAGGGCCCGCCAACAUCUCCUCCCUUGUUGGGGUGUCAUCAGUUGUGUCGCUGCUGUGCUGCGCCGAAACAGGCGCUGUUCUAGAUCCGACCGAAAUGUGGCGGCUUGAUGCACUGGGCAUCACAGCUCCCGCCAGCAAAGACACAGGAGAAGCCGACCGCAUCCUUUUCGAGGAAGACAUCAAAUUCCAGGAAAACCGAUAUGAAGUCCCUCUAAUGAUAAAAGAGCCUGAACUCCCUCUAGAAGCCAACAACAAGAUAACAGCAGAAAGGAGAUUAAACGCGCAGCUACGACGUUCCCGCACGGCGCCCGACGUCCUUCAGCAGUACGAUCAAACUAUGCGGGAGUAUUUCACAGAGGGCCACGCGGAACCUGUCACAGGCCCGGACCCGCCGAGGAACCUGUAUUACCUACCUCACCACGCCGUAAUAAGCAAGGAUGCAGUCACCACCAGGAUAAGAACCGUGUUUGACGCUUCGUCCCAUAUUCCGGGCCAGCCUUCGCUGAAUGACGUCCUGUCGAAGGGUGCAAACAUCAACAGUGACUUACUUCAUCUGCUGCUGACCUUCCGUUCCUACCCCAUUAUCCUCACCGCCGACAUACGAAAGGCUUACUUGCAGAUUCAAAUCAGGCCGGAAGACCGCGACGCACUCCGAUUCCUGUGGCUUACCGAGUUGCCUUCCGCUACAAACUUCCAUCCUGAAUGCCAAGAGUGGCGCAUGACUAGGGUCCCCUUUGGCGCUUCCUCCAGCCCGUUUCUGUUGGCGGCGACCUUACAUCACCACUUCGAGGCGGUUAGCGACAAGUAUCCGGCCACCGCGGCACGACUUCGCAGAAGCUUCUACGUGGACGACCUCGUCAUUGGAUGCGAAAGCGUGAGCGAAGCCGUCAAUCUGUACUCCGAAAUCAGGAAGGUCCUCCGAGACGCCGGAAUGGAGAUUCGGAAGUGGGCCUCAAAUUCGUCCAAUCUCCAGCACAUAUUCCUCAAGGACGGCAUAGCUUAUGAUGACGUCGGCUGCACGGAUCCAGUGCUUCGCGUCCUCGGAGUGUCAUGGGACAGGCACUCUGACACAAUAUCCGCGCGAACGGACACGGUGCACCAUUUCGCCACGAUUAGCCAGCCCACCAAGCGUACGCUACUGCAGGCGUUUUCUCGUCUCUACGACUCUUUCGGCUUACUCUUGCCCUUCACAGUUACUGCACGCCUACUCUUUCAAAUGCUGUGGAAGGAACGCUUGGCCUGGGAUGUCCCAAUGGGACCCACGGAGCAGCACACGUGGUGGAAAUGGGUGCAUGGGCUUUCGCUGCUUUCUCAAGUACAGGUGCCCAGGUGCGCCAUACAGUCACGAGACUGUCUACUAGACCUUCACCUCUUUGCGGACGCCAGUCCACGAGCGUAUGGCGUUGUGGUCUAUGCACGCACAAGCGUAGACAGUGACAUACACUCCCACAUUCUCAUCGCCAAAAGCCGAGUCGCUCCGCUAAAGCCCGUGACGAUUCCGCGGCUGGAGCUCCUUGGCUGUCUACUCGCCGCCCGCAUCUUUAGUCGCAUCCGCAACUCUCUAUCUUUUUCUGUCACGAGGACCAUCUUCUGGACCGACUCACUAAUUGCCCUGCACUGGAUAAAGAGCGAGCCUUCGAAGUGGCCUCAGUUCGUCGCCGCUCGGACGGAGGAAAUCCGGCAGUUAACCAGCCCAGAACGAUGGAGGCACUGCGACGGUGCCCACAACCCCGCCGACCUUCUUACCAGAGGUCUCUCGGCACAGGACCUCAUCGACAGCAAUGCAUGGUGGAAGGGACCACCCUGGCUGUCGAACCGAAUCGACCACAGCGCCUCGCCAGAGGCAGACCUCGACAGCAGCUUGGAGUCCGAACUGGUUUGUUCGCCCGUUGCCACCGGCGGCCAGGAUGCUUUGAUUCGGCUGGAAGAUUACAGCUCGCUGAGACGUCUCCUACGAAUCACAGCCUACGUACUUCGCUACGUUGCCAACCUACGUCGCCCGGACGCCAAGCGCACCGGUCCGCUCUCAGCACAAGAACUGCUCUCCGCCGAGCGCCUUUGGGUAGAGCGUACUCAAGGGGAGACAUUUGCAACUGAAAUCGCUGAUCUAAAAAACUCGCGCCCGCUUCCCAGGUCUUCCAGCAUUCUUACGCUGAACCCGUAUCUCGAUACCAGCUCACUCCUUCGAGUCGGUGGCCGCCUGCAACAAAUGGAAGACACCGAGCGUGUUCGACAUCCCAUCCUCCUUCCCAGCAAGCAUCGCCUGACUGAACUGCUCAUCAUGGACAGGCACAUGCGCCUUCACCAUGCCGGGAUCCAAGACACGUUAUGUGAACUGCGACAAAGCUACUGGGUGACGAAGGGACGUCAAGCCGUGCGCCGGACACUGCAUACGUGCCUCCAAUGCAGGCGAAGGCGUCUCAGUCCAGAAACUGCACCGGUUGCACCUCUAGCGAGAGAAAGGCUAACCCCCUCGCUCCCGUUCGACACAGUAGGAGUCGAUUUCGCCGGACCUCUUUAUGUCUCCAGGGAGGACGGCACCGAGCACAAGGCCUACAUCACGCUCUUCACCUGCGGAGUAACCAGAGCUGUCCACCUAGAGCUUGUCUCCGGAAUGACCACACAGCACUUCCUCGCCGCCUUUCGUCGCUUCAUCUCCAGACGGGGUGUUCCAUCCCUAGUCAUUCCUCCCUCCCCCGAUGUCCAGGACCUCGCCGCCCACCACCACAUUCAGUGGAAGUUCAUCCUUGAAAGGGCACCGUGGUGCGGGGGAUGGUGGGAGAGGAUGGUGCGUUCCGUCAAGGAGGCUCUGAAACGCUGCUUGGGCAGGCGGCGUCUUAACUUUGAGGAGCUCACCACAGCCCUACGCCAAGUAGAGAGCAUCAUCAACUGUCGUCCGUUAACCCACAUCUCCUCGGACCCACUCGACCUCGAACCUCUCAGGCCAUCCCACCUUUUGCUCGGGAAAAGGUCCACCACUCUGCCCGGGAUCAGCCCUGUCGCACCGCCAAGAGACACCAGAGGUCUUCAGCGUCACUUGAGGACCCAAGAGCAGACGAAACAGCACUUCUGGGCAAGAUGGCGCAGGGAAUACCUGCUGCAAAUGAGAUCCGCUCACAUGGCACAGUCCAAUCCGGAGGCCCAACUGAGACUUGGAGAUGUCGUCGUCAUUCACGACAAGGGGACACCACCGAUGCUCUGGAAGCUCGGUCGCGUCACCCGACUCGUCCUUGGACGCGACGGCGUGAUACGUGGUUGCGGUCUCACGUUGGCAAACAGGUCGACCAUUUAUCGCCCGGUUCAACUGCUCCAUCGCGUGGAAGCAGACUUGGGAGCACCGCCGGCCCGGGAGGGUGUUGAAUAA